AUGGCGGACAAUACGGCAUUCGCAUCGCCCCCUCCGGGCUGCCCAUCAUUCGAACUCAGCUUCCCGGCGCCUUUCGUCCUCCUCGUGACCAUCAACCGCGAGGCCGCCAUGAACUCGAUCCCCAUGGCGGGCCAUUGGGAGGGCGACGCCCUCUGGAAGUGGUUCGACCGGGAGCCGCAGCUGCGGGUGGCCGUCGUGACGGGGAAGGGCAAGAAAGCCUUCUGCGCGGGAGCGGACCUGAUGGAGCAGCGGCAGAAGAAGGCGGACGGCGCCGCGACCAAUCAGACUCUGCCCUCGGGCGGCUUCAUGGGCCUCAGCAGGCGUGUGGGGAAGAAACCCGUCAUCGCCGCUGUCAAUGGAUAUGCCUUGGGAGGUGGCUUCGAGAUCGCGCUCAAUUGUGACCUAGUUAUUGCUUCACCGACGGCCCAGCUUGGCCUGCCAGAGGUCAAGCGCGGUCUCUACGCUGGAGCCGGAGGUCUGCCCCGCGUGGUGAGGACCUUCGGCAUGCAGCUUGCCGGCGAGAUGGCGCUGGCCGGUCGGACAUUCUCGGCCGCCGAGCUGAAGCAGUACGGGGCGCUCAGGGUGGCGAGCUCACCCGAGUCCCUGAUUAGCGAGGCUCUGCAGCUCGCGGGAGAGUUGGCGAGCAUGUCGCCGGAUGCCAUAAUUGUCAGCCGGGCUGGGUUGAGGGAGGCGUGGGAAACUGGGAGCGUUGAGAGGGCUGCACAGUUGACGGACGAAAAAUAUAAUGCGGCCCUCUUGGCGGGGGAUAACGUACGGAUAGGGCUUGAGGCAUUUGCGAAGAAACAGAAGCCGGUCUGGGUCCCGUCUCAACUGUAG